AUGGGGGCUCCAUGGACACACGGCUCCACUCCGAUCAGAAAUGGCCACAGAUCCAGAGCCAUCCAGCAACUGCAAGGACCCACCCAGGAGCUGGGCGUCGCCUGGGACCCACCCAGGAGCUGGGCGUCGCCUGGGACCCACCCAGGAGCUGGGCGUCGCCUGGGACCCACCCAGAGGCUGGGCGUCGCCUGGGACCCAACCAGAGGCUGGGCGUCGCCUGGGACCCACCCAGGAGCUGGGCGUCGCCUGGGACCCAACCAGGAGCUGGGCGUCGCCUGGGACCCACCCAGAGGCUGGGCGUCGCCUGGGACCCAACCAGAGGCUGGGCGUCGCCUGGGACCCAACCAGAGGCUGGGCGUCGCCUGGGACCCACCCAGGAGCUGGGCGUCGCCUGGGACCCAACCAGAGGCUGGGCGUCGCCUGGGACCCACCCAGGAGCUGGGCGUCGCCUGGGACCCACCCAGGAGCUGGGCGUCGCCUGGGACCCACCCAGGAGCUGGGCGUCGCCUGGGGCCCAACCAGGAGCUGGGCGUCGCCUGGGACCCACCCAGAGGCUGGGCGUCGCCUGGGACCCAACCAGGAGCUGGGCGUCGCCUGGGACCCACCCAGAGGCUGGGCGUCGCCUGGGACCCAACCAGAGGCUGGGCGUCGCCUGGGACCCAACCAGAGGCUGGGCGUCGCCUGGGACCCACCCAGGAGCUGGGCGUCGCCUGGGACCCAACCAGAGGCUGGGCGUCGCCUGGGACCCACCCAGGAGCUGGGCGUCGCCUGGGACCCACCCAGGAGCUGGGCGUCGCCUGGGACCCACCCAGGAGCUGGGCGUCGCCUGGGGCCCAACCAGGAGCUGGGCGUCGCCUGGGACCCACCCAGAGGCUGGGCGUCGCCUGGGACCCAACCAGGAGCUGGGCGUCGCCUGGGACCCACCCAGAGGCUGGGCGUCACCUGGGACCCAACCAGAGGCUGGGCAUCGCCUGGGACCCACCCAGGAGCUGGGCGUCGCCUGGGACCCAACCAGAGGCUGGCCGUCGCCUGGGACCCACCCAGGAGCUGGGCGUCGCCUGGGACCCACCCAGGAGCUGGGCGUCGCCUGGGACCCACCCAGGAGCUGGGCGUCGCCUGGGACCCAACCAGGAGCUGGGCGUCGCCUGGGACCCACCCAGAGGCUGGGCGUCGCCUGGGACCCAACCAGAGGCUGGGCAUCGCCUGGGACCCACCCAGGAGCUGGGCGUCGCCUGGGACCCACCCAGGAGCUGGGCGUCGCCUGGGACCCACCCAGGAGCUGGGCGUCGCCUGGGACCCACCCAGGAGCUGGGCGUCGCCUGGGACCCACCCAGGAGCUGGGCGUCGCCUGGGACCCACCCAGGAGCUGGGCGUCGCCUGGGACCCAACCAGGAGCUGGGCGUCGCCUGGGACCCACCCAGGAGCUGGGCGUCGCCUGGGACCCAACCAGGAGCUGGGCGUCGCCUGGGACCCACCCAGAGGCUGGGCGUCGCCUGGGACCCAACCAGAGGCUGGGCGUCGCCUGGGACCCAACCAGAGGCUGGGCGUCGCCUGGGACCCACCCAGGAGCUGGGCGUCGCCUGGGACCCAACCAGAGGCUGGGCGUCGCCUGGGACCCACCCAGGAGCUGGGCGUCGCCUGGGACCCACCCAGGAGCUGGGCGUCGCCUGGGACCCACCCAGGAGCUGGGCGUCGCCUGGGGCCCAACCAGGAGCUGGGCGUCGCCUGGGACCCACCCAGAGGCUGGGCGUCGCCUGGGACCCAACCAGGAGCUGGGCGUCGCCUGGGACCCACCCAGAGGCUGGGCGUCGCCUGGGACCCAACCAGAGGCUGGGCGUCGCCUGGGACCCAACCAGAGGCUGGGCGUCGCCUGGGACCCACCCAGGAGCUGGGCGUCGCCUGGGACCCAACCAGAGGCUGGGCGUCGCCUGGGACCCACCCAGGAGCUGGGCGUCGCCUGGGACCCACCCAGGAGCUGGGCGUCGCCUGGGACCCACCCAGGAGCUGGGCGUCGCCUGGGGCCCAACCAGGAGCUGGGCGUCGCCUGGGACCCACCCAGAGGCUGGGCGUCGCCUGGGACCCAACCAGGAGCUGGGCGUCGCCUGGGACCCACCCAGAGGCUGGGCGUCGCCUGGGACCCAAUCAGAGGCUGGGCAUCGCCUGGGACCCACCCAGGAGCUGGGCGUCGCCUGGGACCCAACCAGAGGCUGGGCGUCGCCUGGGACCCACCCAGGAGCUGGGCGUCGCCUGGGACCCACCCAGGAGCUGGGCGUCGCCUGGGACCCACCCAGGAGCUGGGCGUCGCCUGGGACCCACCCAGGAGCUGGGCGUCGCCUGGGACCCAACCAGGAGCUGGGCGUCGCCUGGGACCCACCCAGAGGCUGGGCGUCGCCUGGGACCCAACCAGAGGCUGGGCAUCGCCUGGGACCCACCCAGGAGCUGGGCGUCGCCUGGGACCCACCCAGAGGCUGGGCGUCGCCUGGGACCCAACCAGAGGCUGGGCGUCGCCUGGGACCCAACCAGGAGCUGGGCGUCGCCUGGGACCCACCCAGGAGCUGGGCGUCGCCUGGGACCCAACCAGAGGCUGGGCGUCGCCUGGGACCCAACCAGAGGCUGGGCGUAACAUGGUGCCUGCCUCGUCCAGGAUAUGAUGACGAGCGCGUCUGA